CAGCAUUCAAGCCAUCGGAAUCACCACCAACCCACCGCAAUCGCAAAAAUGGUGUCCUCCACGGCGCUAACAACCAAGGUGACCUCGGGGUCUCCCUACCAGCUCGACAAGAGCCAAGUCUCUCGUGCCUCCUCCGCCCUCCUCCGGCACAUCAAGACCAAACAAGAGGAGAAGGAAAAGACAUCGACCAAGAAGACGCUUAUCGGCGACAACGACUCCGAUGACGAAGACACCCCGCUGCACAACGAGGCCGUGUGGCUCGUCCUGACGACCAAGAAGCACGUCGUCGACAAGAACCGUCUCAAGCCGGGCAAAAUCCCCAUCCCUCAUUCCCUCAACGCCUCUCCCUCCCUCAGCAUCUGUCUCAUCACCGCGGACCCUCAACGCUCCGUCAAGAACAUCGUCGCCGACCCUUCCUUCCCCCAACAUCUCACCUCCCGUAUCGAUAAGGUCAUCGGAUUCUCGAAAUUGAAGGAUCGGUAUAAGAGCUUCGAGAGCCGCAGACAAUUGCUCUCGGAACAUGAUGUCUUCUUGGCGGAUGAUCGCAUUAUCAUGCGCUUGGUGAACACUCUCGGAAAGAUCUUCUACAAGUCCAGCAAGCGGCCGAUUCCCGUGCGCAUUGCCGAGAUUGAAAAGGUCGAUGGGAAGAAGGUCAAGAAGGACCCUAAGUCCAAGAACAAGGAUGAUGAUAGUGCGUUUGCGACUCCUGCUAUUGUCGCCAAGGAGAUCGAGAAGGCGCUGAACUGUGCCCCCGUUCAUUUGGCCCCCGCCACGACGGCGGCCAUCCGUGUCGGUUCCUCCAAGUUCACCGCCGAGCAGCUGGCCGAGAACGUCGAUGCCGUGGUUAAGGGUCUGACGGAGAAGUACAUCACGAAGGGAUGGCGGAAUAUCAAGGCGGUUCAUAUCAAGGGCGCCAACACGAUGGCCAUGCCGAUUUGGUUGGCCAGUGAGCUGUGGGUGGAGGAUGCGGACGUGGUGGAGGAGGAUGCCGAAGAGGCCAAGGCCAUCGAGGGCAGCAAGAAGCGCAAGCAGAGCGGCAACGACGAGGAGAAGCUGAUCGAGGCGGCGCCGAAGAAGACCAAGAAGGUCAAGCCCGCCGCGGAUGACGAGGAAGCCUUGUCGCUGGCCGCAAGGAAAGAAAAGCUGCAGAAGCAAAAGGCUGAGGCGUUGGAAGAUGGGGAGGCUGCCCCAGCUAAGGCUGUCGGAGCGGGCAAGAAGAAGAGAAAGUCGACUUCAUAAUCGCAUUGCCUCGGGUGUUGAUGUUUCCUUCUGGUUGUAUUCUCAAUAGCAAUGGGUGUCUUUUUUUUUUCCCUCCGGCGGCGUGGUCGUUUCUUUCUUGUUCAUAAUCAGGGUAUACCCUUGGACGAAUAAAAGUUACUGAGUAUGAUCCAAUUAUCAGUAUACCGGCCGAUCAGAAGUUUUCAAUGCCCCAUCCAUCUUAACAUCGGAAAUAUAUAUAUGAAAAUU